AUGGAAGUAGCUCAGGCUCCGUUGCAAUUGACUCAAGAACAUCAGGAAGGACGAAUCGCAGAUGACAGCAGUUCUCUCCGCUGGUCUCCACCUACAUCAGCAUUGGUUGCAGCAGCGCUGGCCCCACCAGCAUUAAGACCCUGGCUCCCAGAUCCGCCGACAAAGAAAACCAACCAUUUGGGUCUCGUAUGCGUGGUUUGUGGUGAUACCAGUUCUGGCAAACACUAUGGGAUUCUAGCAUGCAAUGGCUGCAGUGGAUUCUUCAAACGAUCAGUCAGACGGAAACUUAUUUAUAGAUGUCAAGCCGGAACGGGUCGCUGUGUGGUAGACAAAGCUCACAGAAACCAAUGUCAAGCGUGCCGUCUAAAGAAAUGUCUCGCUAUGGGAAUGAAUAAAGAUGCUGUUCAAAACGAGCGUCAGCCGCGUAACACCGCUACUAUAAGGCCUGAGACUUUAAGAGAUAUGGACCAAGAGCGAGCUUUGAGGGAGGCGGCAGUCGCUGUUGGAGUUUUUGGUCCACCGGUGUCUCUAGCCAUGGCCCUAUCCCCGGCCAGAUAUCCACUUCUUUCUCCACACUACGCCCCACUGCCGCCUCCGGACUCAACCCAUGAACCAGAAAACCACCAAACGGACAGUGACGACGACAGUAUUGACGUCACCAAUGAAGAAGAUUCUUCCUCGUAUUCUCCACCAGCCAACAGCUACCCGCAGAACUGUAUAUCUUAUGGGCCUCUAGGUAUAGAGAGUGCAGCUGAAACCGCUGCCAGGCUUCUAUUCAUGGCGGUCAAAUGGGCGAGGAAUCUACCUUCAUUCGCGGGACUAGCUUUCAGAGAUCAGGUGACUCUAUUAGAGGAGGGUUGGUCAGAGUUAUUUCUGUUGAACGCUGUCCAAUGGUGCGCCCCACUUGACGCCGCUGCCAGCGCCCUCUUCGGAACAGAACACGACACUGGUGCUGGCGAGUGUCGGCGUCGUCUCCGCGCGGUCGUCUCUCGCUACCGUUCAGUGUUAGUUGACCCCGCGGAGUUCGCGUGUAUGAAGGCCAUCGUGCUCUUCAAACCUGAGACCCGAGGUCUAAAAGACCCUCUGCAGAUCGAAAACCUCCAAGAUCAAGCCCAAGUUAUGUUAAUGACACACACACGUACUGCUCACGGCGCGGCGCCGGCGAGGUUCGGGAGACUAUUACUCCUUCUGCCAUUACUACGCCUUGUAACGCCACAACAAUUGGAGAAGGAAUUCUUCGCGAAAACAAUCGGAGAAACACCCAUGGAGAAAGUACUGGCUGAUAUGUAUAAGAACUAG